AUGCAAUACACCGUCGAAGUUGGAAAAGCGGCGAACGCUCACGAAACGGCGCCCAGGAGAAAUGCAAAAGUCAAGGACGGUGCUGUUUCUCGUCCCUUGCAAUCCAAGGCUACCACCGUGUAUGACUUCAUGCUAGAGUCUAUUCAACGUUGUGGUAAUCGCACUGCUAUGGGAUGGCGUGAAAUCGUCGAGGUGCACGAAGAGAAGAAGCAAAUCACCAAAAAAAUCGACGGGAAGGAACAGCAAGUCGACAAAACAUGGCUUUACUUUGAAAAGAGCUCUUACCAGUACAACACUUACAACGAGCUCGGUAAGAUAUUGCACCAGUUCGGUCGUGGUCUGGUGGACAUGGGCAUGAGCCCUGACAACACAGAUAGGCUCCACAUUUUCGCAUCUACUUCUCAUAAGUGGAUGAAAGCUUUCUUGGGUGCGCAGUCGCAAGCCAUUCCCGUGGUAACGGCGUAUGACACGCUAGGUGAAAAGGGCUUGAUCCAUUCUAUGGUGCAGACCGGCACCAAAGCUGUCUUUACCGACAACGCCCUCCUGCACCGUUUGAUCAACCCAGUCAAAGAAGCCAAAGAGUUGGAAUACAUUAUUCACGGCGAUGUUUUGGACUCCAAUGACAAGCGCAACAACGGAAAGUUCUAUCACGAAGCUCACAGUGCAUUGGAGAAGAUCCGCGAGCUACGUCCCGACUUGAAAAUCUAUUCGAUGGAUGAAAUUAUAGAAAUGGGCCAAAAGGCCGAGUCAACCAUCGAUGUCCACGCCCCUAAGCCUGAAGACUUAUCCUGUAUCAUGUACACUUCAGGAUCCACCGGUGAUCCUAAGGGUGUUGUCUUAAAGCACUCCAACAUCUUAGCUGGUCUUGGCGGUGUUUCCGUAGUGGUGGAUCGGGACUACAUCAAAGAAAGCGACCGUGUCAUCGCGUUUUUGCCACUUGCACACAUUUUCGAAUUGGCUUUUGAGCUAAUAACCUUCUACUGGGGUGCAACUUUGGGAUACGCAAACGUCAAGACUUUGUCUGACACAUCGGUUCGCAAUUGUCAAGGUGAUAUCAAGGAGUUCAAACCGACCGUUAUGGUGGGUGUUGCUGCAGUUUGGGAAACUAUUCGUAAGGGAAUCAUGGGCCAAGUUGACAAAUUGCCUUCGAUGAGCCAAAAAGUAUUCUGGGCUGCCUAUUACAUGAAACUCAAGAUGAAAAGAUUCCAUAUUCCAGGCGGCGAUACUUUAGGUAAUAUUAUUUUCAAGAGGAUUCGUCAAGCCACAGGUGGCUGCUUGAGAAUCACUUUGAAUGGUGGUGGUCCUAUCAGCAGGGACACUCAAGAGUUCAUUACAACCCUUUUGUGUCCUAUGUUGAUUGGAUACGGUCUUACCGAGACAAUGGCCAACACCUGCAUUGUCUCACCUAGUCAUUUCGAAUACCAGGUUCAAGGUGAAUUGACCGGAGCGGUGACAGUCAAGUUGGUGGAUGUCGAAGAGCUCGGUUACCUUGCGAAAAACAAUCAAGGUGAAGUCUGGAUCAAAGGUGAGAGUGUCAUGCCCAAAUACUACAAAAAUGAUGAGGAAACCUCUAGUGCGUUCGAGGAUGGUUGGUUUAAGACCGGUGACAUUGCCGAAUGGACUCCAAAGGGUAGCUUGAGAAUCAUUGACCGUAAGAAAAAUUUGGUCAAGACCUUGAAUGGUGAAUAUAUCGCGCUGGAGAAGUUGGAAAGUGUUUACAGAUCCAAUCCUCUAGUUCAAAAUAUCUGUGUCUACGCAGAUCAAUCCAAGGUCAAGCCUGUGGCCAUUGUUGUACCUAACGAGGCUCCUCUUGCUAAAUUGGCAGUCGACCGGGGCAUAAUAAAGGAAGCAGGCGAUGUUGAAAGUGUCUUGCACGACAAGAAAUUGAGAAAGGCCGUUUUGGAAGAACUUCUCAAGACCGGUAAGUCGCAAGGUCUUUCGGGCAUUGAAUUUCUUCUGGGUGUUGCCAUGUUUGAGGACGAGUGGACACCUCAAAAUGGGUUCGUAACCUCGGCUCAAAAGCUUCAAAGAAAGAAGAUUUUGAAGGCCGUCGAGGACCAAGUUGAUGAAAUCUAUUCUAAUCAGUAA